AUGCCUGCUGAUAUUCGGUCCUUUUUUGGACCAAAGGGAGGUGCUGCACCUAAACCUGCACCGAAGAAGGUUGAGGAGCCGCCAAAAAGUCGAAGAGGCAGAAAAGUUGUUGAAGACAGCGACGAUGACGAUGAGCCUGCCCCACCACCCAAGCCAGUAGUGAAGACUGCCGACAAGAAAAAGACCAAGUACGAUGACCACCUUUGUCUCCUAUGGAGCAAGACUAAUGGAACAUACAGAAGUGAGGAUGUAAAGGGUACCGAAACCACCGCCAGUGACUAUUUCGCGUCGUCCAAGUCAAGCAAAGCCACAAAGGCAGCGCCCUCCCCGAAGACUGAUCGGACGAGUAAGGUCAAAACCGAAGUGGAGGUCCGAACAAGCCCACGAAACAAGAAAACCACUACGAAACCAGCAGAAGAAGCCACAAAGAGCUCUACUUCAGCUCCCAGAAAGCGCGGCACUACAUCAUAUAACAAGCAUGAUUCGGACGACAACGCGGAUGCUUAUGUUGACGAGGGCGAUGAUGACGACGACGGCGAUAUCUUCGCAGCCGAUAUUAAAGGGCGAAGUAAGCGAAAGAACGAUGAUUACGUCGAGGACGAAAGCGAUGAUGAGAUACUUCCCAAGCCGAAGCGUGUGGCCUCUCGAACUGCCGCUACUGCAACCCCCACCAAGAGCACCAAGACAACAACCACCAAGGCGACAACGGGGACUAAGAGGCGCAAGACACCUGAAGAGGAAACGGAAGAGUCUGAGGAGGAUCAACCACCACCAAAGAAGAAGGCCCCCGCAAAGCCUCGUGCUCCAAGAGCCAAGAAGACUGAUGAGCCUGAAGACGCCGCUUACCAGUCAAUCUUGGACGACAUUCCCACUGUCCGACCUCCUACACCUCCUCAAAGGGACCCGAAUGUGAAAUUCGACUGGCGAAAGUCGGCUGCUGGCGGGGGUAACAGUAGUGCUGUACCUCCAAAUGCCGGUGCUGUGGAGUUGCCCGAGGGCGAAGAUGAGUGUCUUUCAGGCCUUACCUUUGUUUUCACUGGUGUGCUUCACACAAUCGGUCGAGAUGAAGGUCAAGCCCUGGUGAAGAAGUAUGGCGGUAAGGUUACAGGGGCGCCGAGCAGUAAGACGAGCUACGUUGUACUUGGCGAUGAUGCAGGUCCAAGCAAGUUGAAGAAAAUCAAAGACUUCGGCAUCAAAACCAUUAACGAGGAAGGUUUGUUCGAACUCAUCCGGCGACUUCCGGCCUACGGUGGCAGUGGCAAGGGCGCCGAAAAGGCACGAGAGAAAAAGAAGCAGGAAGAGGAAAAUAUUAAGAAACAGGCCCUAGAAAUGGAACGCGAAGAGAAGGCAAGAAAAGCUGCAGCGGAAAAGGCUGCCAAACAAGCUGCCGCUGCCCGUGGCACAACCGUAGCUCCCACACCGGCGGCUACUCCGGUACAACUUUGGACCUCUAAAUAUGCGCCGACACAGCUCAACCAUAUCUGCGGCAAUAAGGCUCAGGUCGAGAAAAUCCAGGCUUGGCUCAGGAACUGGGCAAAGUCGAGAAAAUAUGACUUCCAAAAACGUGGCGCAGAUGGUAUGGGAGGUACGCGUGCCAUCAUCAUUUCGGGCCCUCCUGGGAUUGGCAAGACAACUUCUGCCCACCUUGCUGCUAAACUUGAGGGUUUUGACGUUAUUGAGAGCAACGCCAGUGACACACGCAGCAAGAAGCUCGUCGAGAAUGGAGUGAGCGACGUCAUGAACAACACGUCACUGCUCGGCUUUUUUGCCGGGGAUGGCAAGAAGGUCGACGGUGAAAAGAAAAACAUUGUGUUGAUUAUGGACGAAGUCGACGGAAUGUCCGCUGGUGACCGUGGCGGCGUUGGCGCGCUGGCAAAGUUCUGCAAGAAAACUGAGGUUCCACUCAUCCUCAUUUGCAACGAGCGCAAACUGCCUAAGAUGAAGCCCUUCGAUUUCGUGGCCAUGGAUAUUCCCUUCAGACGCCCAACAGUGGAGCAAGUUCGGUCCCGUAUCAUGACGAUUUGCCAUCGUGAAGGGCUGAAGUUGCCAGUGCCGGUGAUAGAUGCUCUUAUCGAAGGCAGCAACAAAGACAUUCGACAAAUCAUUAACAUGAUAUCUACAGCCAAGCUCGACCAGGCAUCGAUGAACUACGAUCAGGGUAAAGCGAUGACAAAGGCUUGGGAAAAGCAUGUCAUUCUGAAGCCUUGGGAUAUCUGCCAGAAGAUGCUUGCAGGCGGGCUUUUUACUCCGGCCAGCAAAACAACCUUGAAUGAGAAGAUCGAACUGUACUUCAACGACCACGAAUUUAGUUAUCUUAUGAUUCAAGAGAACUAUCUCCGAAGCAAGCCCAUGGCACUCAACCACAAAGGAUACAACAAGAGAGAGGAGAACCUCAAGUACCUCGAACUUGUUGACCAGGCAGCUGAAAGCAUUAGUGACGGAGACUUGGUUGACCGCAUGAUCCACGGACCGCAACAACAAUGGAGUCUUAUGCCCACCCAUGCGGUCUUCAGCACCGUCCGACCCUCAAGCUUCGUUGCCGGCCAACUUAUGGGCUCCAACUUCACAUCCUGGCUCGGCAACAACAGCAAGACUGGCAAACUGGGCCGUUAUGUUCGUGAGCUGCACUCCCACAUGCGCCUCAGAUCAUCAGGCGAUGCCAACGAAAUUCGUCAGCAAUACCUGCCAGUGCUCUGGGACCAGCUCAUUCGUCGUUUGGCUGUGGAGGGCAAGGAUUGUGUCGAUGAAAUUAUCCAACUGAUGGACAGCUACUAUUUAACACGCGAUGACUUCGACGCCAUUCAAGAGCUGGGCGUUGGACCGCAAGCUGAAGGCCAAGCUGAGAUCGAGUCAAAAACCAAGGCAGCUUUCACGCGCACCUACAAUGCCAUGUCCCAUCCCAUCCCUUUCAUGAAGGCUAGUAAUGUCCUGGCUCCGAAGAAGGCUGCUAAGGAAGCACCUGAUCUUGAGGAAGCCAUUGAGGAGGAGGACGAUGCCGAAGCUGUUGAACCUGCCGAUGCUGUCGAAGAUGACGAGCUUGACCUCAAGGGUGACAAGUAUAUCAAGCAACCCAAGCCCAAGGCUAAGAGAGCCACGAAAAAGGUCAAGGCCGCAGGCGAUGAGAACGACGACGAUGCUGACGCCAAGCCAAAGAAAGGCCAAGCUAAAGGAAAAGCAUCGACAGCGAAGGGAAAAGGAAAGAAAUAG